AUGUGCAACUUCUCAAGUAGAGUAAAUCAACACCUACAAUGGACCAACGUGCCCUCCGACACUAACAAAACCUUCGCCCCCGUCUCCCGUCUAGAUACGGCCGCGCCACCUCGGCGGAGGGGAACUCUCGUCUCCGUCAAUGACGUCGAGCAGGGCCCUCGCCCCCUGAUCCCUGGGUCCGGGGGUCCUGUCUGCUCCACCCGCUGGGCAGCAGCGCCCUCACACCCGUCCAGUCAGUCCACCAUUGCCUUCGCCAUGACUCCUCAUCUCUCCCACCUCGUCGUCACAUUCCCCAGCUGCUCACACUCCCAUCCACCGAAGCUCUUAGCAUUUGCCGUUUCCAUCACCUCACCCCGGACCUUUGCCGCACAGCAGACCACCUGGGUCUUGGCCCUUCACCUGCGGGGUGACCAAGCCCACAUCAAAGACGGCCUGAUCGAAAAGCCCGUCUUAGGCGACCUACCUUUGUCAGGGUCGCCAUGUACGUUGGCUUCUGCAACCCCCAAAGCGCUGAAACGGCCCCCCUUCUGGACUUCGUGCAUCGGCUGGGUCAUCGGGCCACAGCAGCGCCGUACGCAACAGAAUCGAAGCACGCACUAUUGCACACGACCUGGGCCGAACAACAAUCUUCUCCGUUAUACGUUCCACAGCAGCGCCGCCACAACGCGGGACAGCCACUUGAGAUCGGAUGAAAGAAGAGCUGCUUAUUUCUGCCGCGAAACGGGUUACGAGAACCCUACUUUCAACGUCCACAGCUUACCUCUCCUACCUCCCUUACCUGAGAUCUAUAUCCUUUACGAGGGUCACAGCAACUCGACCGUCGCAACCGCAACUCAACAGCACCACUGCCCCCAUCCUUCACGGUACGCCAGCCGUGCCAGCUCAACAACGCACCUGUCGCCUAGUGUCUCCGGCUACUCGGUGGUCCGGCUCUCCCCCUCACACUACAUUCCGGAAUCUCACCACAGUGCAGUCGUGGAGCUGAGUCUUCAUGCCACCUACUGUCCAAAUCGAGAAAGCGCGCGCUCACUCAUCCCGCGCCGCCCAUCCACGGCUUACGAGAGCACCUCCGCAUCACCUCAUACCGAUGCUCUCAGGUCCCCGCUCCUUUCUCCCUUUGGAUUCGACGCGGCUGGAGACUAUCCCAACGAUCUUCGGUCCAAUGCGGAAAGCAUUUCGAAUUUCACACCUAUAGUUCGGGGCCUUUCGACAGUCAUACCGGUCAGAUGGUGGUCCUCCAAAGACAAUUCCUCCGUCUCCACUGUCUUCGCCUAUUGGGGCCGCAUUGAGACUCAGGCAGGGUCUUUGCCACUCCUUGACAGCGUAGAUCUUUCCCACUCAGUCUUAUCAGGCCGAAAUUCAAAGUGGCCCCAUCUCGCCAUCACGGAGGACCCCCGGCGUUUCUCGCUGCUUUUGACCAUCUCCACCUGGCCCUUGACUCCAACAUGCGAAUUGGUUACAGUGCAGUCUGGGGGUGCUAAACAGCGUUACAUGGCCCCGUCGAACCCAAGAACAAGGCUUAGGCUUGCCCCCCAAGCCUCUGCUCCCAGCGUUCUGGAUCGCAUGAAGUUCGCUAAUGCUACUGCUGCUGCUGCUACUCUUUCACAUCAACGCCAGAAGCCUCUGUUGACGCGAGAAAUCAUUCAAAGAUGGAGACGAGCCGCCCAUAGAGUAAGGAAGCUUCGAUCCUCCGUCGCAAGCGUCCAGAAAUGGAGACACAUCGCCUUGAAGGGCCCCCCGAAUGUGACCCUGAGGCGUGUUGGUUUUUCCCUCCAGGCCGCUGGCCAGCUGGCAAAUCCUCCCAUCAAAAAACGAAGGAGCCAAGGCCCUCCUUCUCCAGUAGGGAUUACCCCCGUAGAUCUUUGCAAAGAAACAACAGCCCAGCUAUUUUCAGCCAUUGACAGUGGCUUUGCCGAGCUGCAGAUUGGUCGCUGGGGUGGCCCAUGA